AUGGACGCCGCUUCCUACCUCAAGCGCCAAGGCUGGCGCGGCGAUGGCCAUUCCCUUGAUCAGACCGGUCGCGGGAUCAGCAGGCCCCUUCUGGUCAGCAAGAAGGUCGAUGUCCUCGGUGUAGGUCUGAACAAGCACGCCGAUGUCUCGGAUCAGUGGUGGAUGCGCGCAUAUGACCAAGGCUUGAAGGACCUCGGUACUGGCAAGAGGACUGCAUUGGCAGAUGUGAGGGAGAAGGGACAUCUGUACGGUGGACUGUACGGACGAUUUGUGAAGGGCGAUGGCGUGGCAGGCACAUUCGAGACACCGACGCCAGAGGACAGUGGGGUUGAGAUGCCAGAAAUGGCAGUGAAGAAGAGGAAGCGAGGUGAUGUGACGGGAAGCAAGGUCGAGAAAAAAGGGAAGCCUGGGAAGGAUACCGGCAGGAACUCGAAGACGAAAAACAACGACAGCGCGACCCGACUGCCAACAACGGACGACAGCACCUUAGACAAGAAAGCUAUGCGAGAAGCGAAAGCUGCCAAGAAGCAAGCAAAGCGGGACCUCAGGGCAGAGAAGGCCAAAGCUGCAGGUAUUGAGCAAGUGACAGUGGAGCAGUCCGACAAGAAGAAGGCGAAACGACCAAAAGGUGCCACAGGAUGA